UUAUAAACUGUUUGUAAUCCACUCGUACUUAAAAAGAUUUUUGCAAUUAAAUAUGUCUUUAAAAACCAAUGCAACAGAAUAUUUGAAUGAAUUAAAGCACAAAUGGUUAUUGUUACAAAAUACACCUAAGGUUUUCGGAUAUAAUUUAAAUGUUACAAAAUCUAGGUUCUUGCCCGGAAACAAUUUCAUUUACAUGGAAUAUAACCCAGAAAGAACCCGGCUUCGUCGUGUGCCUCAGACCAUUGCCAAAUUGAGACAAACAUUUAAUGAAGAUCUAUUUAAUUUCAAAAAAAUUAAUCCACUGGAACUGAUAAUGAAAAUACCAUAUGAAAACACGGACAUUUCUUUAAUAAUCAAUAAAAGUCCGCUAACUCAGUUCCAUACGUUGAUAUGUCCAGAUGUUGCAGCAGGACAACCUCAGUGUCUUACUCCAUUAGCUUUGAAAUUUAGUAUAUCAUUUUUGCUUAACAUAGCAGACGAAAAAAAGGCAUUCCGAAUUGGUUACAAUAGUCCCGGUGCAUUGGCAUCUGUUAAUCACCUGCAUUUACAUCUCUUGUACAUUACUGCAGAUCUAUACGUGGACAAGGCGGAAUUGCAAGUUUUGAAAGGUACACAUAUUUACCGUUUAAGCGAAAAUAUGCCGACAGAAGCCGUAUGCUUUAUAUUUAAAAAAUCUACUGACGACGAGGCUUUUGUUGUACAAUUGCAAAAGCUUUACAACUUUAUAGUAUGGCUCUGUGAUCAUAACAUUCCACAUAACCUAUUUCUAACCCCUACGCGAAAUGAGCAAGAUAAAGACACCUUAAAAGUGUUUGUGUUUGCACGGAAAUCCUUUUGUUACGUGAAGGACCUAAAUGUCUGCAAUAUUGGGUUUUGUGAAAUAUCCGGCUACGUGACGGUCGGAGAUGAACAUUUGUUUGAAAGUCUUACGGAGCAACAGGUGAUAACAAAAAUUAAAGAUGAAACUGGAAAUGUGUACAAGGAAAUUUACGAGUAUUUCGCACAAUAACAAAUCCAAGGUAGCAGACAGGCUUGUGUUUAUAAGUUGGUAAUUUAAUAUUAUAUUUACUUAAAAAAAAACAUUGUUCUCACCGAAAAUUGAAACUUACCACUUAUCAUCAGCAUAGUUAAAAGUCAAGAGUUUUGUUCAAAACCUUUUAUGUGAUGUACAAGUAAAAAUUGUACCCAUAUAAAUAUAUAUUAUUAUUAUUUUUUUUUUUUGUAAUAAUAUAUUGUUAAUUAACUAUAAUCCGUUUUUAGCAAUU